AAUCUGCUGCAGGUCGCGCGAGAAUGGCUCGUCCAAUCGCGAGGCUGGAUGGAGGCCCAAGAUGGCGGCGCACUGGGAGCGUAACAUUUGCGUUUCUAGGAUCUUUGCGCUGCUGGUGGCUUAAGAUUCUGGGGUUGUAGAGGCCCACGCUAGACUAGUCGUCUCGCAGGAACUUGGACCUCAGAGAUGGCUCUGAGUAAAUCAAUGCAUGCAAGAAAUAGAUACAAGGACAAACCUCCUGACUUUGCAUAUCUGGCAUCCAAAUAUCCAGAUUUUCAGCAGCAUGUUCAGAUAAAUCUGAAUGGAAGAGUGAGUCUUAAUUUUAAAGACCCCGAAGCAGUCAGAGCUCUGACUUGUACUCUCCUAAGGGAAGAUUUUGGACUUUCUAUUGAUAUUCCACUGGAGAGACUAAUUCCCACAGUUCCCUUGAGACUCAACUAUAUUCAUUGGGUAGAAGAUCUGAUCGGUCAUCAGGACUCCGACAGAAGUACUCUCCGAAGAGGAAUUGACAUAGGUACUGGGGCAUCUUGCAUCUAUCCUUUACUUGGAACAACCUUAAAUGGCUGGUAUUUCCUUGCAACAGAAGUAGAUGAUAUGUGCUUCAACUAUGCAAAGAAGAAUGUGGAACAGAAUAACUUAUCUGAUCUUAUAAAAGUGGUAAAAGUACCACAGAAGACACUCCUAAUGGAUGCUCUUAAAGAAGAAUCUGAGAUAAUCUAUGACUUUUGCAUGUGCAACCCUCCCUUUUUUGCCAAUCAGUUGGAAGCCAAGGGAGUAAACUCUCGAAAUCCUCGAAGACCCCCACCUAGUUCUGUAAAUACAGGAGGUAUCACAGAGAUCAUGGCAGAAGGAGGUGAAUUAGAGUUUGUUAAAAGGAUCAUCCAUGACAGUUUACAACUUAAAAAAAGAUUAAGGUGGUAUAGCUGUAUGCUGGGAAAAAAAUGCAGCCUGGCUCCUCUGAAGGAAGAACUUCGAAUACAAGGGGUGCCUAAAGUCACCUACACUGAAUUCUGCCAAGGUCGGACAAUGAGAUGGGCUUUGGCUUGGAGUUUUUAUGAUGAUGUAACAGUACCAUCACCACCAAGUAAGCGAAGAAAAUUAGAGAAGCCAAGGAAACCCAUUACGUUUGUAGUAUUGGAAUCUGUGAUGAAAGAAUUAUCCCUCAAAGCAUCAUCUUUGGGCUCUGAGACAGUGGAAGGCAUAGUAGUUGUGACAACAUGGAUUGAAAAGAUUCUCACAGAUCUAAAGGUCCAGCAUAAACGAGUUCCCUGUGGAAAGGAAGAAAUUAGCCUUUUCCUAACAGCCAUAGAAAACUCCUGGAUUCACUUAAGGAGGAAGAAAAGAGAAAGAGACCGAGUGAGACAGUUGAGAGAAGUUCCCCUAGCUCCCAAGAACGUCAUCCAAGCAUUGGAAGAGAAAAAGUCCCCUCCCAAAGAGUCUGGCAGUAGCCAAGAUUUGGCUCAGGGCCCCCGGGAAAGUACUCUGUGUGGGCCUGCUCUGCAGGAAGGCGAGUGUGCUCCUGUGGAGGGCCAAGGCCCAAACCAGGACUCACUUUCCCAGGAGGAAAACCCAGAACCCAUGGAAGAUGAAAGGAGUGAGGAAAAGGGAGAGGUGGAGGUUUUGGAAAGUUGUAAAGGCUCUAGCAAUGGAGCCCAGGACCAAGAGGCUUCUGAGCAGUUCAGCAACCCAGUGUCUGAAAAAGGGAACCGUCUCCACGGAGUGGCUGGACGUUACCUAUUCAAGUGUUUGAUAAAUGUUAAGAAGGAGGAAGAUGAUGCCGUAGUUGAAAUGCAUUGGGUUGAGGGCCAGAACAGAGAUUUGAUGAACCAGCUUUGUACUUACAUACGUAACCAAAUUUUCAGGCUUGUUGCUAGUUAACUCCAAACUUCUGGCACAGUUGGGAAAGUUCUAUAAAGCAGCUUGCUUUGGCCUGUGGGCUGGCAAGCUGAAGUCCACCAUUGGCCCAUUGGUUGCAUUAUGUGGAAUUAUCUUAAAAAACAGAAACAAAUUAAUCCAUUUUUAAACAUCCCCCCCCCCUUUUUUUUUAAUUUACAGGGCACUUGUGGUAUGGCAGUUCAGAGGAAGAAUUGUGGUUGCCCACAUCAACAGAAAGCCAUCAGUAGACUCAUAUAAGGGAUUUAAACCUGACUUAAGCUGAUCACCUUAGCUUGAGACUGGUUUUCUGAGGCCAAAAGGAUUAUGUUUACAGUCUGAUCCUAGUGAGAACUUACAGAACAUCAUGCCCUCUCUGUCACCCCUGGUUGCUUCCUGAGAAGGGGUGACUCUCAUCCCCCCAGUGGAGGUGGUAUACCAGGGCGGAUAGCCCCGUACCCUGUUCUGAAGUCAUCUUCAGGACUGAAGACAUUGGGUAUAUAUAAUUGAUGACCCCUGUGUCAUUCCUGAGAAGGGAACUGGCCUAAUGGUAGGUGGUGGGAGAGUCAGGGAGAGAGAGAGCUCAGUAAUGCCAGGAAGAGGGGCCAAUCAGGGAGCACCUGGAAACGUCGGAAACAUCGGCAUGUUCCUGACUCUCAUCUGUUUUGAUGUUGUUAUUUCAGAAACAGAAUUAGGUAAGCAAAACUGCCAGAUGUGACUGAGAUACAGCAGCAUGAAGCCAUACCCCUACCUCCAACCUGUUUAAAAGUACUGUUUUGUAGCAGUUUUACCGGUGUGUGAUUUUUUGUGUUUCAACAUUUGAAGUGGAGCUAAUAUAGAGUAUUCAGAAUUGAAAACUGUCAGUCCUGUUUGAAUCCUGGGGUUGGGGAAAAUAUUUUCCUGGCUUUGAAUGGGUAAGUGAUUGAUGAUAGAAGUAAGAAAUGGAGCAAGAUAGUUUUGUGUAGUAAGUUGCUUAAGAAAGUCUCAUCUGUUGGCAGAUAAGUUGUCACUAAUCAAAGAUGGUUUUUUGGGGUUUCCUUGUAAUCCUUCUGUGUUUACCUGUUACCACUGGAGAAUUCUCAGACCGAAGUAACCAUGUUCUUAAAACAUGUUUCUAAUUGUAGUGUCAGGGCUCAGCAGAAAUGCCUCUGGAAAAGGAGUCUCUCUUUUGUUCUCUUGAUGCUUCAGUUACCCUCUGCUGUGCUUGACUUUCACGGCUUGAUUUUACACCAGCGGCCUAGGGUUCUGUUUAGCCUGAACUUUCUGAGUAUGGUGCCAGAGCUCUUUGCUAUCUGCAAAGAAGACCGCAUAGUUAAGCCACACUUUUGAAAGGUGGCAUUGGUUGAGGGAGAAAACUGAUGACCUUGGCAAAAUUUGGCAGCACCUAGACCAGUUCCUUCAGCAAAGAUGUAGGAAAUAGAAAUAGGCAGUGCAGACAGAGUUACAGAAGAGAACAUAUUAACCACCAGUGUUCAUAACCUGGUCCAUGGAUCUCUGGAGAAACCAUCGUCUCCUGGGUUAUUUCCAAAAGUUCUGUGGCAUGUUUGGGUUUUUUUCUGGAGAGAAGGGUCCCUGACUUAGAGAGAGGGGUUAGUAACUCACUGAGGGUUAGGGACCACUAUGCCAGUCCAGCCUCUUCUUUGACAGGAUAAGGAAACCAACGCCCAGGGUCCCACAGAGCCAAGAUUCAAUGCAGGGCCUUGGAUUCCUGUGGUCCAGUCAUCUUCUGUACACCAUCCUGCUCUGCUUCUCAUGACACUUUGGAAUCAUAUGCUGGACCCAAACCUAGUUUCUAUCUUCAUAAAAUUUUAGGAUAAGUGAGAUAGGUGACAGCCAUUCACUCAAUUAGUGAUCACUAAAUAUCUGCUUGCUUGUUUCGCUCUAAGAGUAGUGUAUGCUCAUUAAAGAUCUGGAAAGAUGAAAGGAGAAAACAGCUUCAGAAUUGCCCCUAGUCUCAACCUUGUGGAGUCGCAACCUUGGUAUUUCAGUGUUUCCUUCUAGUCUCUAAUUCUCUUUCUAUAGAUGGGGUGUGUGAGUAUGUGGGUUCAACUUUGCUUGUGUUCAUGUUGGAUAUUCAGUUUUAUAUUAUGCUUUCAGUUUUAUAUUAUGCUUUUUUCUCAUUUGAUGUUUGUAAGUAUUUUUCCACGUGGUCACAGGAGUGUAUUAUUUAUACUCCUCACCUGUUCAAAAUGUGUUUCAGGCACAGUAUUAGCCUUUGGUUAAGUCUAGUACUUAGAGAUUCCCAGAGAAUCCUCUGUGGACCUGGAGGCACAAAAGAUGUGUCUUGGGUCUGUAUGUGUUUGGAGCCCCAGGUUUAAGGCUUGGUGUCAUGAAGAACAUUUUAUAGGUGUUAACCUAAUGUUCUUAGAAUUGAAAAAGUAUGUGACAACAUAAGCUUCCACUGCUAGAGCCGUGAGUGCCAUUCUUGCAUUUGUGUGUCUUCAUUUCCUUCUCUGAGAAGAAAUAGUUAUUUGUAUCUAAUGAGAGAACGUUGAAACAUUUUUAAAAGACAUCUAAAGAUUCUUUCACUUUUGCGUAUACUUUAUAGUGUGUAGGACAUGUGAUAGCCUACACCUCUGGUAAGGGGGAAAGGAAUUUUUUUAAGAAGAAACAGGUUAUUGAUCCAGGUAUCAUAAUGUUGAAUGAUACUUGCCUAAGUGUCUGGAGGUCAAGUUCAUGUUGAUGGAUUGGUAUGGAAUUCAAUCUUUGUGGUAUUAUCUUAAAUUCUAUUCUGGUCCUUGGCAUUGGCUUCUGAUCUCUUGAUAACCAAAGUGGGAACAGAAGUUGAACUUGUUUUCCAAGGAGGGGAAUAAGCUGCUUUUGUUCUUUGGAAUCUGCUUUGCUUCCAGCAGUUUGGUUCCUUCACCCCACAUCCUUGCCCAGCUAUUCACACACCAGAGCAUUGCCACUUGUCCUAGCGGGGUUGGUGUCUGUGUUGGAGUUUCAGCUAAUCUUAAGGGUGUGUGUGGAUGACUUAAAACUUUAGUAUGUAUUUUUAAAAGCAUGAAACCUCUCUUCUCUUGAUAGAAAUCAAAGCUUAUCAUUUGAGCACAUCAGCUUCUAAGCUCUGACAAGUAAUAAAACUUCAAGGUGUGGAAAAGAUGCAAAGGCCUGUAGAAAAUUUGUGGCCUCCUCUUAGCCCCUCCAACAGAGGCAUCUUCCUUUGUAGCCACACGGGGGCGUAUUUGGCCCUUUUAUCAACUUCACCGUGGAAGUGGAUAAAAUUGUGUCCUUGGUAUUUUCUUGAAAUAUCCAGUUGCUACUCAGAAAAAUAUUUUUAUGGAAGCAAGUACGUUUUCACAUUUAAAAAAAUUAGAUAAAAGUAAAAAGAAAAACCCACCACCCUAUGGUCUGGGCAUAAGCUUUCAACCUUUUUAUAUUUCUUUAUGGUACGUGUUGACUUGUCCAGCUACUGUCCAGCUACUCUAAAAUAAAACCAGCUUGGGUCAGUCCUUUGGGUCAACUUUUUAUUGGUCUCUCGUUAAUGGGGGUACUGGAGGGGGAUGUUUAUUGAUUUUAAAUAGUAACUUUUCAAAAGCCUUAUAAGAAAGAAGCUGCUUCCAAUCUUCUUUUGUCUUUUAAUUCUUGUUUUGGUUUAUCUGGCUGGCUGAAGAUCAUGCAUGUGCUGUAUUAUUUACACAAAACAUUGGCACAGUUGGUUCUGUGUUGGGUAUAUUAUACAGGUUAGCUGGGCCUUCCUUCCCACAACAGGUGUUUCUUUGUAGAACAUGUCUGUCACUAACCCUGGGGUCUGUGUGGCCUUAAGGAGAAGCUCCAUCUGCCCUGAUUUUUAUGGCCCGGGAUCAGAUGUCCUAGGUGGCCACCCAAUAGAUUUGUGCAUUAGGAGGCAGAAGGUCCAGUUUGGAAAAUUAAGGAGCCCUCUGAGAGAAGGAAGGUCUCAAAGGUUUAGCAGUUUUACAGCCAGCCAGGAGGUGCCCCUAGGAAAGGGAUGUGACCACAUCUUUUUUGGAGAAGUUGGUGCUCAGGAGAAUUGGUUUGUUGAGUGGACACUAACCCCAGGAAAACCCAGAAGCAGCUCACUAGUGAGACUAGACUGGCCUCUGCCUCUUGGAGCAGGGCAUUAAUGCUCUUGAAGCUUCUGAAUACUCCUAAGUACAAACGUCUUGGUGCGCAAGCCAGCACAGUCUUAGAAAGCCCAGCGUGAGGCUCGCCCCGCGAGCAGCAGGGCCUCACACACACCGGAGAGUUCCUGCUCUGCUCUGUAAAGACAUUCAGAUCCUCUGCUGUGACUCACCCAAAUGACUAAAACAGCAGUUUAUUUUUUUUAAUUGCUGGUUGGAACAGCUAAUGCUCCCUUUUGAAACAGCUAAUGCUGCCUUUUGGAGGCUUUGCUUUUACUCCAGGGGACUGUGUUGUGACUGAAGGCCUUGCACCUCUGAAUGCCCUUUGAGGUGCAGCCUCUCCGUCUCUUUCAGCCCAGGCAGAAACACUGGGGACUCCAGGAUGUCUUCAGGGAAGUGGAGCAUCACAGGUGCUUACCAUGAGCCAGGGAACUGAGAUAAGUUGGAGUGGACCAGAAAGCGCUGGGGAGUGGAAAACAGAGAAGAGCACAGACUUCCCAGUUCAUCAGACGAGGGUCUGCAUUCCAGUUCCACUUACAGGGUCAGUCAUUCUCACUAAGGCUUGGCUUCCUCAUACAGAUGAUGAAGAAUUCUUGCUUCCCAGAGUUAUAGCAGCAUUUAAGUGAGAGAAAUACUAAAGCACUUGGAAGAGUCCAGAAACAAAAAGUAGGUUCUCAACUUGCUCAUCUCUUCUUAAUCUCCUUUGAAUUUUCAAUUUCUGGUCAGAAAAUCUUCUUCCAAGAGACUCAAGUGAAAAGGCCAGGACCUCAAAUGUGUAACUGCAGGUGUAGACUGCCAGUCUCUGACUGAGAGCAAAAUCCAGGCUUCUGUGUACUGGGGGGAUGAGCAGGGAACCAGUACUGAUUGUCCGACCUCUGUAAAUUGUCUGACUUAGUAACCCUGCAAAGAGGUGUGGAGUCCCUGUGUAAUCAGUUAAAGAAGUAGCAGCUCAGAGAGCUUAAGUGACUUGCCCUAAGGUUGUUCACAGAGCCAAGUCACAGAGGUGGGGCUUGAACUCAGGUCCAGAGAUAGGAGACUGGGAUUUUGUACCAAAUCUCAAGAUUCGUAACAAGGGCUACAUUUAGGAUGGAAGUGGACUUCUGGGCUCAUUUGACCCAUCUCUAGGGAAGGAGACUUCAAUUAUAUGACACUGGGAAGAGAAAAGCACCUCUUACCCACCUUCACAAUUUAGCAUUUGAAGGUAAUAUUAUUUUCCAGCCUGUGAUUAGUGAACAAGAUUUAAUAAGUGAAAUUGCUUAUAAUUAGUUCUUAACUUAUGCUACCAAAUCUUUAUAGAAUUUUGUAUUUGGCAGUGGUACAGAUAAUUAAGUAGAUAGUAAAACCAUGAAAUAAAAUGUCUAGUACAAGCACACGUUGGAUCAGAAUCAAUGUAAAAUAACUGAUAAUUAGGUAAUGACUUGACAAUACGUAAUUGUAUAACGGAAGAGGGAUUUUUUUUUUUUAAGGCAGCGUUAAAUAUUUCACUUACAGAAUGCAAAACUGAUGUACUUUCUGAUCUUGCUUGGAGAAGGUAACAAUCGUCAUAAAAAUAGCAAGUCUUCUUCCCCAGGUAGGGGAAUGGACAGUGUAAAUCUGGAGAAAAGGAAAGGCUGCCUGCCAUCUGGUGGGCUCAUUCAGGGAGUGUGGCUGAGAGUCUAGGAAUUGGAGCCAGGAAAUUCCCAGCUGGGGGACUUGGCUGGCUCCCGUAGCCGGCCAGCCCCUAGGGAACGCUUACGCUGCCGCCGCCGCCCCAAAAGAAGGCUGCCCAGAGAGCACUGCGGAGGCUGGGGUGGUGGGUGAGGGCAGGACCCGCUCCCACAGAUUUGUAAUUCCAGACACUUUUGAUGUCUCUUGCUGGGAAAUGGGCCUUCCCAGUCUGGUCAGGAUCCCUAAUUCAGGUAUGUUUGGCCCAGGAUUUGCCUUCAGGGGGCCAAACGUGGGGCUUAUGGACCAAACGCUGGCUUCUGUUCCAGUGAACUCCAGAUGAGCGCUAAUGAGGACCUUCAUUCAUGAAGGGAAGUAUUUCCUCGUCUUCUGCACCGGGGGCCAGGCAAGAAUGGCUGGAGCGUGCACUCUUGCCUAAUGGAGCACCACUACUAUGAAGUAGCUUCUAUUCAGUUCCUGCUGGUUAUUGCAGAAAUAGCUGCCCAGUGUUGUGUAUCGUCUUAUUUCUGGAGGAAAGCCCGAAAUCCAGAUUUAUGAAAAAUUUGUAAAUCCUAACAAUGAAUUCAAUAUUUGAUAGAAGCCUGGUAACCCAUCCGUUUGUGGCCUCUUCUACCACCAGGGGUGGAGCUGUCUAAAGGUUUGCUGCCUCCACUUCCCUAAGUCGUUUAUGUCAUCUACUGAAGUCUGGUUGCUGCCUACCCUUUCAUUUUAGGAGUUCUCACCUCUUGAAGGGAGAAUCCUGAAGAUUCUCUCCAUGGGCCUCGUUUGCUCUUUUCUCGCACUUGUGGCUGACCUUAUCCACUCCAUGACUCCAGUACUGCUCCUACAUUCAUCACGCCCAAAUCGAGGCCUUCCCUGAGCUUUCAACCUCCACAUACCUAACAACCUACUGGACAUCUCGCCCGGGACUGUGGCUGUGCAAACUCGUCUGCACCUGCUUGUCUCCUGUAUUCUCAGCCACCAUCCACCCAGCUGUCCAGAUUAGAGAUCUCUGCUCCUCCCUCUCCUUCACCACCAGGGUCUAAAAUCUUCCACCUUAGAAAGAUCCCCCAAAUCCAGCCCAGCCUCUCCUGCCCGGGAGCCACUGCCUCAGGGCUGUUCAGCGUCUCUCACGGGGACUAUGAGGGUAGCUUGGACCAUUUCUGGGGGAUUUCAGAGCUAAGCAGCAGAAAGAGCAGAUUUAGAUGGGUUGGGGGGAGGGGUGAAGAAACAGGAAGAAAAACUAGGAUGGGAAGUAGACCCACAGCAACAGGUCAACUUAGUUGAGAUUAAGAGGUAUGAGACCCUUCCCGAUGAAGCACAGAACUUUCCCCUUUAGCAUAAUUUCACUUUAUGAAAGUAAUGUUUUCCUUAUAAGAAAUUUGGAAAACAAUAAAAGUUCACAAUUCCACUACUCAAAUGGAGUUACUUUACAUUUUGUUACCUUAGUAUUUUUAUAUGCAUAUAUAUUUUUAAACAGCAAAUGUGGAAUCACGUUCUGUGUUACUGUUUUAUAAUCAUUUUCAUGUAGCAAUAUAUUGUGAUAACCUUUUUCCGAUUAUAAAAUUAAUCUGUGUCAGAAAACGUAUGAAAAUAAAAAUUAUCAGUAAUUGCACUGCCCGAAGACAACCACUGUUAAUACUUUGGUUUAUCAACAAUUCUGUUUUCUUCACAUGCCACACUGUGAGCGUCACUGCACGAAACCAGUUGUUCCUUGUUGGAAAUAUAGGUUUUCUGGUUUUCACGUUUAUAAAUAAUGCUUUAGUGAAUAUCUUUGUACAAAAGUGUUUAUGUGUUUUCUUACUGCUUUAGGAUAAAUUUAUGUAAGAAUUACUGAAGCAGAAAAGAUAAUUCUCUUUUAAAGGCUUUUCCAUAUAUAUUGCCAAUUUGUUCACUGAAAAAGUUGUGCUGCUUUACAUUUCCAUAAAUGCCUGUUUUUACCACACAUUUGAUAGCACUAGAAGGCUAUUUUUAAAAAGUCCUUUAUCAACCGAUAAAGAAUACUUCCAUUGUUUUAAUUUUAUUAUGGUAUUGGCAAGGG